AUGGAACGUGUGUUUUCAGAUGAAGUGACGCUGAAGGGAAUUGAUGAAAGCAACGCCCUGGUCCUGCCAGCGAAGAAAGCAAAGAAGAAAAAAGUGGCAUGUGUUGUGCAACAGCAGAAGAAACCCCUCAGCAAGAAACAGAAGAAACACCUGCAGAAAAUUUUAGAGCAGAAGGAAAAGAAAAAACAGCGAGCUGAGCUGCUGAGCAAGCUGAAUGAGGUCCAGGCUUCUGAGGCAGAAAUGAAACUGCUCUACACUACUUCCAAACUGGGUACUGGGAAGCGCAUGUAUCGCACCAAAAGGAUAAUGCAGGAGCCAAGCAAGAGAAAACACAGCUCAGAGUCAGAGCCUGAGGAAGAACCCAGUAGUUCUGAUGAGGAGAAGGAAGAGCAGAAACCAGAAAUAGAAAAGUCCUCAGCCAGUGAUUUAAAUACUGCUGAAAAGCCAGAGGAAGAUGUGAAGGUGGCAGAGAUGAACGAGCAACCCGCUGGUCCUAGCGUGCCGGUUCACCAGACAGCCUCCGGCAAACUGCCUUGCAAGCCUGCAGUUUUCAUUCCAGUGGACAGGUCUCCUGAGAUUCAGGAAGCAAGACUAAAGCUUCCAAUUCUUGCUGAAGAGCAAGUCAUUAUGGAAGCCAUUAGUGAGAAUCCCAUUGUGAUCAUCUGUGGAGAGACAGGAAGCGGUAAAACCACACAAGUACCUCAGUUUCUCUAUGAAGCUGGCUACGCCAGUUCAGAUGGUGCUAUUGGGAUCACCGAGCCCCGACGUGUGGCUGCAGUGUCCAUGUCCCAGCGAGUCGCUAAGGAAAUGAACUUGUCAAACAGAGUGGUUUCAUAUCAAAUCCGAUAUGAAGGCAAUGUUACAGACGAAACACAGAUCAAGUUCAUGACAGAUGGUGUGCUGCUGAAAGAAAUUCAGAAGGACUUCCUGCUUUCGAAGUACAAAGUUGUUAUUAUUGAUGAAGCUCAUGAGAGGAGUAUGUACACAGAUAUCUUGAUAGGCCUCUUGUCUCGCAUCGUGCCUCUUCGGGAGAAGAAAGGGCUGCCACUGAAGCUGAUCAUCAUGUCAGCCACCCUUCGUGUCGAAGAUUUCACUGAUAACAACAGGCUGUUUUCUGUUACACCUCCUGUUAUUCAGGUAGAUGCAAGGCAAUUCCCUGUAACCGUUCAUUUUAACAAGAAGACCCCUCUAGAUGACUACAGUGGGGAGUGCUUCAGAAAGGUGUGUAAAAUCCAUCGAAUGUUGCCCUCAGGUGGGAUUUUGGUGUUUUUAACAGGCCAGGCAGAAGUUCACUCUCUAUGCAGAAGGCUAAGGAAAGCCUUUCCAUUCCAGAAAAACAACACUGCAGGAGGAGAUGAUGACAAAGAAGAAUCUGUGGAAGAAAUGAGGAAAUUUAAGAAAUCAAGGAAGCAGAAGAAAGUUAUGGCGCUCCCCAAAAUUGACCUGGACAAUUACUCUGUUGUACCAGUGGAUGAAGGAGAUGAAGACAGAGAUGCUGAAACUGAUGAUGAUAUUGCAGGGUCUGAUAUUGACCUGGAUUUAGGAGAUGGAGACUCAGAAGAAGAUGAGAAAUCUGAUUCGUCCCUCCCACUCUUUGUGCUCCCUCUCUAUUCUCUGCUAGCACCAGAGAAACAAGCAAAGGUAUUCAGGCCUCCUCCUCCUGGCACGAGACUGUGUGUUGUAGCCACCAACGUGGCUGAAACAUCGCUUACAAUCCCAGGCAUCAAAUACGUGGUUGAUUGUGGAAAGGUCAAGAAACGUUUCUAUGACAAAAUUACUGGGGUUUCAUCUUUCAGAAUCACUUGGAUAUCUCAAGCUUCAGCCAACCAGCGGGCAGGCCGGGCUGGCCGGACAGAGCCAGGCCACUGUUACAGGUUGUACUCUUCAGCAGUCUUCAUGGACUUUGAGAAAUUUUCUGCUCCAGAAAUAACAAAGCGACCGGUAGAAGACUUGAUUCUGCAAAUGAAGGCAUUAAAUAUAGAAAAGGUAAUCAACUUCCCGUUCCCAACACCACCUCCAACAGAAGCACUUGCAGCAGCUGAGGAGUUGCUGAUAGCCCUGGGUGCCUUGAAGGAGCCCCCUGUGACAGGAAGGCUGAAGCAGCAGCUGGCAGCAAAGCUGAGUUGCCCUAUUAGUCGCCUGGGCAGAAUAAUGGCCACUUUUCCUGUUGCCCCCCGCUAUGCAAAGAUGUUGGCAUUGAGCAGGCAGCAUGACUGCCUGCCCUACACCAUCACCAUAGUGUCUGCAAUGACUGUCCGGGAGCUUUUUGAGGAGUUAGACAGGCCAGCAGUAAGUGACGAAGAGACAGUGGAGCUGAAGGGGAAGAAAGCCAGGUUUUUACAGAUGCAAAGGAUCUGGGCUGGGCAGGGGUCAAUGCAAAAGCUCGGAGACCUCAUGGUGAUGUUAGGAGCAGUGGGGGCCUGUGAAUAUGCUGGGUGCACCUGGAAAUUCUGUGAAGAAAACGGGCUCCGAUACAAAGCCAUGCAGGAAAUCCGGCGCUUGAGAGGACAGCUGACAACAGCAGUGAACUCAGUCUGCACUGAUGCUGGUCUCUAUGUUGAUCCAAAGAUGAAGCCCCCAACAGAAGCUCAAGCAACUUACUUGAGACAGAUCGUGCUGGCCGGGCUGGGGGAUCACAUUGCCCGAAGGGUUCAGGCAGAAGAGCUCCUGGAUGACAAGUGGAAAAAUGCUUAUAAGACUGCUCUGCUGGACGACCCAGUGUUCAUCCAUCCAAGCUCAGUCCUCUUCAAACAACUCCCAGAGUUUGUGGUGUAUCAGGAAAUUGUUGAGACUACAAAGCUGUAUAUGAAAGGUGUGUCUGCAGUCGAACCUGAGUGGAUUCCAGCCCUGUUGCCACCGUACUGCCACUUUGGGAAGCCUCUGGAAAAUCCUCCUCCAUCUUACUGCCCUGAAACAGGCCGAAUUCGGUGUCACAGACCAAGUGUCUUUUAUCGAGUUAGCUGGCAGCUCCCUGCUGUGGAAGUUGAUUACCCAGAAGGUAUUGAUCGCUACAAAUACUUUGCCAGGUUCCUGCUGGAAGGGCAGGUUAUUAAGAAGUUGAAAUCUUACAGCCAGUGCCUGCUGUCCAGUCCCCUCAUAAUGCUGAAGACAUGGUCCAAACUUCAGCCCAGGACAGAAGCCCUUCUGCAGGCUCUAGUGGCAGAAAAGUGUGAUAAUCGUGAUGCUUUACUGGCUGCAUGGAAGAAAAAUCCUAAAUAUUUGCUCGCAGCCUAUCGUCAGUGGAUCCCCGAAGCUAUGCAUGAUGAUCUAGCCCAGAAGUGGCCACCAAUAGCACAGUAA